CAGAAGUUGGCAGCGCAGUCUGUAGAUUGCUUGGCUUGGAAGUGCUGGGCGCGGGGGCCGUGGUGUCUGCCACACCGCUGUGCUUCCGGUCGGAGGACAAAAAGCUAAGGCGCGGCUCUUUCCAUUGCGGUGGGCGUGGCGUGGCGACGCAACCCGCGUUGCUAUUGGCGGCGUUUGGGGGGCGCGGAAACCGAAUCCGCACAACUGCCGGGGCUGCUACCUCGGGCUCCUCUGGGCCCUCUGGCGCUGUCAUUCCCGCCAUGGCGGCGCCCUCUCUGGAGGACCCCUCACUGGAGAGGCAUUUUAAGGGCCACCGAGAUGCAGUUACAUCCGUGGACUUCAGCCUUAACAUGAAGCAGCUGGCCAGUGGUUCCAUGGACUCAUGCCUCAUGGUCUGGCACAUGAAGCCCCAGUCACGCGCCUACCGCUUCACGGGCCACAAGGAUGCCGUCACCUGCGUGAACUUCUCCCCCUCUGGACACUUGCUUGCCUCAGGCUCCCGUGACAAGACUGUCCGCAUCUGGGUACCCAACGUCAAAGGCGAAUCAACUGUGUUUCGUGCACACACAGCCACAGUGAGGAGUGUCCACUUCUGCAGUGACGGCCAGUCCCUUGUGACAGCCUCUGAUGACAAGACAGUCAAGGUGUGGUCAACUCAUCGCCAGAGAUUCCUCUUCUCCCUGAGCCAGCACAUCAACUGGGUCCGCUGUGCCAAGUUCUCCCCUGAUGGGCGGCUCAUCGUGUCUGCCAGUGAUGACAAGACUGUCAAGCUGUGGGACAAGACCAGCCGGGAGUGUGUCCACUCAUACUGUGAGCAUGGCAGCCCUUGUCUUUCCAGCUUUGUCACCUAUGUGGACUUUCACCCUAGCGGUACAUGCAUUGCCGCUGCUGGCAUGGACAACACAGUGAAGGUGUGGGACGUGCGGACUCACCGGCUGUUGCAGCAUUACCAAUUGCACAGUGCAGCAGUGAAUGCCCUCUCUUUCCACCCAUCUGGAAACUACCUGAUCACAGCCUCCAGUGACUCAACCCUGAAGAUCCUGGACCUGAUGGAGGGCCGGCUACUCUACACACUCCAUGGGCAUCAGGGACCUGCCACCACUGUUGCUUUUUCAAGAACAGGGGAGUAUUUUGCUUCUGGAGGUUCUGAUGAACAGGUAAUGGUUUGGAAGAGUAACUUUGAUGUUGUUGAUUAUGGAGAAAUUAUAAAAGGGCAGAGGUCCCCAGCCACACUGACCAGCUCUGCAGGGAAUCUGCCAGAAGUGGAUUUGCCUGUUCCUUCAGGCAGAGGCAAGAGUCUGGAGUCCAUGCAGAGCCAGCCCCAAGAGCCUGUCAGCAUGCCCCAGACGCUGACCAGCACACUGGAGCACAUCGUGGGCCAGCUGGACGUCCUCACUCAGACAGUGUCCAUCCUGGAGCAGCGGCUGACGCUGACAGAAGACAAGCUGAAGCAGUGUCUGCAAAACCAGCAGCUAAUCAUGCAGAGAGCAACACCGUGAUCAGGGGAUUAAGAAUCAGGAGCUCGGACGAUUUGGGGGGCAUUAGGCCAGAGAUUUGUACCAGGUGACUGGGGAAUCAAUAAAGGGAUUCGACUGGGAAUCACUUCUGUGCCAAGCCCCAGAAUUAUGCAGUGCUGCCCUGCACUUGGCUAUUUGCACUAGGAGGUACUCCACCUGGUGAUGGGAGGUCUGCAGCAGGCAGGGCCCUCACAGAAAGGAUGCUGGAGGCCCAGCUGGCAGAACCAUGCUUAGUUUGAUGCAAAGGAGCCACUUGCAGCAUUUGCUGUCUCAGAGUCCUAAGAUUGUGUCUCACCCUAUUGUGAGCCUUGCUACAUUUUCACCCACCUUCCAGCCCUGUGCCUGACUUUUCCCACUCCUGCCAUGGCUUCAAAGUCCACUGCUCAUUGGUUGGAUGAACCAGGAGUUUGCUCUGCAUCUGACAAAAGCCCCAGAGUGGGCCCAUCUGAGUCAGGUUUGUCCAGGAACAAGCUCUGUGGAGUGGGUGAUGGCUUUGCAAUGGCCUUGAUUUCUGUUCCACAUAUGUUCACUGGGGCCUGGCAGCUUCCUCCUCUCUGCAUGCAUGAGAGCAAAGGAAUCUGAAAAUUA